GCGCCAGUUUGUGAGAGAGAGAUUCAACUUUGGUAACGUAGCCUUCUUGCCACACUCCAGGUGCGGAGUCUGACAGUUUGAGUAGGGAGCGCUUUGUAGACCUCACUGUGCUAAACGAAAUGAUGCAGCGCUGGGUGUUGCUCUGACGUUAAGAGUCUUCAGAUUAUUCGCCUAAAAAGUAGCCAAUCCGGAGAUGCUGAACAAAAACAGAGAAAUCAAGGACUUCCAGGCUCCAGAUUAACGAAGCAAACUGCCUGCAAUCAUCUACCUCUGUUUCUCCAGUAGUAGAGGCGGAACAAAGUCCAGUUUACAAACGCGAUGGCUUUUUUAAUGAAAAAGAAGAAAUUCAAGUUCCAAGUCCAUUUCACUCUGGAGGAGCUGACGGCCGUGCCCUUUAUAAACGGGAUGCUGUUCUGUAAAAUCCGAUUGUUGGAAGGUGGCGACUUCGCCAUUUCUUCAUCUAGGCAAGAAGUACAGGAGAACUGUGUCUGCUGGCGGAAGAAGUUCUCCUUCGUGUGCAAGAUGAGUGCCAGUCCUACAACAGGGGUCCUUGACCCCUGCAUCUGUCGCGUGUCUGUCCGAAAGGAACUCAAGGGUGGAAAGGCUUUUUCAAAGCUGGGCUUUGCUGACCUCAACAUGGCGGAGUUUGCGGGUUCAGGCUCCACCGUGCGCUGCUGUAUACUGGAGGGCUAUGACACCAAGAACACUCGGCAGGACAACUCCAUUCUGAAGGUUACUAUCGGUAUGACUCUGCUGUCUGGGGACCCUUGCUUUAAAACGCCUCCGAGCACAGCCAAGGCCACUGCCCUGGCCGGGCAGGACCCGUCUCUACAGCUGGACUGUAAGGGAGAGGGCACUGGUGACCAGCCAUCGCCACGACCGGGCAUCAGCCCUGGCAUCAGCCCUGGCAUCAGCCCUGGCAUCAGCCCUGGCAUCGCUGUCAGCCGGGCACACAAACCCCGAUCCGCCGUCUACUGCUCAGGUUUGCCGGAAGUGUUGGAUGAGAACCUCUCCAGUCCAGAAGAGGUGUUCCACACCGGCCACUCGAGGAAUUCCAGUUAUGCCAGCCAGCAGAGCAAAGUGUCAGGCUAUAGCACGGAGCACUCGCGCUCGUCCAGCUUGACCGACGUUAGCCAGCACCGGCGGAACACGUCCACUAGCAGCAGUACCUCCACCAGCAGCCCGGCCGAGCCCGAGAAGGAGCCGGCGAAGACGGAGAGGCCCCCACGGCCGCCCCGCCCCACCCUCCUCCCGCGCCGGCCGUCUCGGAGGAAGAUGGACUCCGUGGAGAGCCACCCCACCUGGGUGGACGACACACGCAUUGACGCCGACGACGUCGUGGAGAAGAUCGUCCAGAGCCAGAACUUCGCCGACGCCAGCAACAAUGAGGAUAGCAAUUUGAGACUGUUUGUGAGCAAGGAUGGUACCACUGCCCUAGGCGGCAUCCAGCUGGCUAACAGGGUGUCGGCGGGCGUGUUCGAACCCGUUGUGAUUGAGAGUCAUUAGUUUUCAUGGCGGCAUCUUGGGCCUGUCUGUCUCCGGCUGGUCUCCUGGUAUGAAGACAACCAUCGAGUGCGGAACAGCGAGUUGGAGCAGAAGUCCCACGACCCUCUGACGACUUCUUUUUUCUACUAUCUCUCUUCCUUACUUUCAUAAUCAAAAAAGAGAAAUUAAUUAAUGCUUUAAUAACAAUUUAUUACAAAUAGACAAACUACUUGAAAUGCCUGAAUAAAAAGGCAUUGUGGGAAGUGUAGUCUGACACUGUGAAAAACUGUCAUUAGACCUAAAGACAUCAUAUUUAUGCCCUAAAUGGCAGCCCUUAGAUAUUUUCAGUAAAAAUUUGGCUCAUAUACUGUGUUAGCCUUUGACACAUUAUUUCAUAGUUUUAGCCUUUAUUUUCCUUCUACCAGAAUUAUUUUUUUUUGUUGUCUUUUGGUGUUCAGUAUCUGGUCAAGCACCUUCAGUAGUAGUUGUUUGUUUUGCCUGGGUUAUAAACCACUAAGCUUAGUCGUCGGUCUUAAAUGUUUCUGCCUUACCUGUAUCUCCCCCCAUAUGACACAGAGGUGAAUACAUUCAGGAUGCUGUGUGGCUGGCCAUACAAAACUGACUGAAGUCGACAGGGAAGAUUUGUACUGUUAUUUCAUCGAUUAAAGCUUUGUGUGUGCGUGUGUGUGCGCGUGUGUGUGCGUGUGCGCGUGUGUUUUAGUACAUGUGAAUCUCCUUAUAAGCUCUCCAGCUGGCCCCGGAGAGCCCCGCAGCAAGUUGAAUUGCUUCACAUCCAUCUUGGCCCUUACACCCCUCCUGCCCCACCCGUAUUAACUGCAGUGCAGUGCACCGUGUGCCUCAGUGCCCGCUGGGGCCCUCCGCCAGGGGCGGCCCGCCCGCCCACUGCCGUGAGCAUGUGCGCAGUGGAAUGGCAUUCAUGGCAGUGGAUGGUGGAGGACGUGGCUGCGGCCCCUCCCCCACCCAGCUUUGUUUGUAGGCUGUAUCGUUCCUGCGGAGCAGAUAACUCACAAUCACACGACACUACUUGGCAACAGUCGUCACGGCUCCCCCUGCACCUGGUGUGCGUCCAGAAACAAAAGCGCUUUUCCUAUCUAUCUAUCUAUCUAUCUAUCUAUCUAUCUAUCUAUCUAUCUAUCUAUCUAUCUAUCUAUCUAUCUAUCUA